AAAGAAGAGUCCACAAACUAAUUUGCUAAGUAGUAACUCUUUGAAGUGAACAUUAGAAGAUAUUUUUCUAGUAGGCGUCUACUGUUGUCUAUGCCCAAGUCAAUUCUCUUCAAAAUUCAAAGAUAAAGAAUAGUUUUUAUCUUACAUUUGAGAUUUACCGCGCAUUUCCGGUAUUGGUUGACAUUUCACACGACCCAAAUUCAGCCCACUUAUAAAAUACAAGUCUCGCUUCAACAACUAUAUAAUGGAUCAAAUACCAGCCGCCAUGGAUAGGCAUUUAGACGUUCUUCAAUGUCACGCAGAAACUGGUGGUAUAUUAUUGGGAGCGUCUAAUUUAACUGGAAGAUAUUGGUUUGGAUCAUUAUGGUAUUACGAUAAAUAUGAAUCAAUACCUGAUGUAGAGAAGUGUACUGCAGGAGUUCAACUAGAAGCUGGUAUAACUGAUGCUAAAUGGGUAGAUUCAACAAAGGUUGUUGUUUCUCUUGAUACAGGUGGUUUAGCAUUAUGGGAAUUGAUAGAUAAUUACCACACAUUUGUUUUAAGAUCUACAGCUAUAGAACAUGAUGAUACUGUAAAUAGUGUUAGUGUAUCUUCAGAUCAUAAAAAUGCAGUUUCCUGUAGUAGUGAUUGCAGAAUCAAGACUUGGGAUUUAGAGAACCUAUCUUCAACUCAUUGCUAUAGAGGACAUAAAGAUAGUGUUGUUUGUGUAGACUACCACUCUAAAGAAAAAGAUCUCUUUCUAUCAGCAUCAACUGAUGGAAACAUAAUAUUAUGGGAUAUGAGAAAACCCAAACCAGCCAGUAUUGUAGAUUCAAGACCCUCAGAGAGUUCACCCACAUGUGUAGCUUGGCAACCAGAAUCUAACAAUAUGGCUGCCUUUGGUGAUGAAUUAGGUAGAAUAGUUGUUAAAGAUUUAAGGAUGUGUACUGAAUCACACAAAACCAUCAUACCUCAUAAUAGACUUGUACAUAGACUAGCAUUUAGCCCUAAAAAACCUAAUCUAUUAGCAUCAAUAAGUGAAGAUUGUAGAACUGUUAUUAUGUCUAUAGAUGAUAAUAUUAUUAAACCAUUAUAUAAUGAAAUAAAACAUACAGAUUAUGUACAUGGUAUUAGUUGGUAUAAUGAAGAUAUUAUCACUUGUGCUUGGGACUCGAAUGUUGUUAGACAUUGUAUACAAGAUCAAAGGGAAACAAAUCAGUCUAAUAGUGAAUCUAUUGUGAUGGAAGUGAAUAGCGAUAUACCUGAUAAACAAGAUAUAAUAGAAAAUACUAAACAUACAUUAUCGAAUGAGAGUAAAUCAAAAACAGAAGGAAAAGGCUAAUACUGUUGUAAACUGAUAGAAUCUGUAAUUACCAUCUACCUAUUGCCAUAACUAUAGUAUAAAAUGCAAAUAGCAUUAAUUGUUUACUUUGAUAAAUCUAACUUUUACUAAAUAUUUUUAUUUUGUAUUCAGCACAUUGAUCUGUGCUUCAACAAAACUAACAGGACAUUUUUUGUGUUAAAAAAAUUCUCACAAAAUGUUAUCUUUGCAGGGUCAAAAAUAAAUUGACAAUAAUUGACAAUAUUCGAUGGAAAGAUAUAAGAAUUAGUAAGAUUAUAAGUCAACUUCCAAAUUGAGAUUAUCCUUUAGAUUUGCUUAGGAAAAAGGUCCAAAACAUGCAAUAGAAAACGAAGAUAAAAGCAUUUGGUGCAAAAGUAAAGCUAUUACAUUAUUCUAGAUUUUAUAUGCCAUUUUGUAUAUUUACCAUAAUUUGUUAUGUUCCUAAUUUACUUAUUUUGUGGGCUUUCCUACUAAAUGAUGAAUGAAUGCAUAGAAGUAUAUAAUGUGGUAAAUUUAAUGUGUCUCUAUAUGUUAGUGUCUCUGUUUCAAUUGAUGUUGUCUAUGUUAUAAUGUCUUAUGUUGAUGUUGAUUCUAUUGGAAACUUUAAGGUAAACCAUUGAAGUGAGAAAGAAUUUUAUAAGAGUACAAUAGUUAUAUAAGGAUGAAUAAAAAAUAUAUAUAUAUUCAAUUAUUCAGUGUCUUUAUAUAUUAAAUGAUCAGAAUGGCUAUUUUCAUGCGUUGAUUUGAAUAUAUGUAAAUAGUUUUCAAAAGCAAUCGCAUAAUUCCUUCAAAAAUAUCUCGAACUAGAAAUUUCACUUUCUAUUUCCACAUAAUGUCUUAUUUGUAUUUGGCAGUGUCUCAAGAAAAGACCAGUCAUCAUUUCAACUUUCAAACGCAGAUAAUUUUGGACACACUUGGAUUUGAAGGCACAAACUGUGAUCUUAGAUAGAAAAUUCCUAUUUCUGAGAAUGGCAUGAUUGGUCGAAUGAAUGGCGAAUUUUUCCCUUUUAACUAUAUGUGUAGUUCAGUGAUCUUACCAUAAAAAUGAAUAGUUGGCU